UCAGGAGGGAGGAGAAUAGUAGAUCAGCGGAGAUAGCAAUUAACCUUAAAAAAAUAUAAUUUAAUCGUAAAUUGUUCCAUCUCAUAUUUCAACUGCACCUAAUAAUAAUAAGUUAAUAAUUAAAAUAUAAUUUUAGAAAUGCUACGACCGAAGAUUUUAACUCAGGUAUUAAGCCAAGCAAACACUGGAGGAGUUGAGAAUACACUACUACUGAACCACGAAGGCACUCUUCUAGCGUACAGUGGUUUUGGAGACAGAGAUGCUACAGUCAUAGCAGCAAUAGCUAGCAACAUUUGGUCAGCUUAUGAAAAAAAUGGGCGAAAUGCUCUAAAAGAAGACAAACUGCAACUGGUUCUAAUGGAGUGCUCAUCAGGUAAAGUGGCUAUCACACAAGUGGCUAAUAUUCUGCUGUGUCUUUAUGCCCAAGAAUCUGUUGGAUUUGGCAUCCUACGAGAAAAAGCGCAAGCCCUGGCUCAAUACCUUGAGGGACCUCUUCGUCUAGUCACUACAUCAUAAUUCUUGUCUUUCAGCCAUAACAAAAUAAGUUUUACUAAAUACUAUUGUGUACUCUAUGUAAAUAAAGUUUAUAUUCAACUA